CCAGAUCAGACUGGUGAAUGGAACAGGACAUUGCUCUGGCAGAGUGGAGGUCUAUUACAACAACACGUGGGGAACAGUGUGUGAUGAUAGCUGGGAUUUGACUGAUGCUGAGGUGGUGUGUAGACAGCUGGGCUGUGGAAGAGCUCUAAGUGCCCCAAUAAAGGCUCACUUUGGUCAAGGCAGUGGGAAGAUCUGGUUGGAUGAAGUUGGAUGUUCUGGUGGUGAGAACAGUCUGACACGGUGCUUACAUAGUGGAUAUGGAGUACAUGACUGUUAUCAUACAGAGGAUGCUGGUGUUAACUGCACUGACACAACACCCCAUCUCUCCAUCUCCCCAGCCCACUCUGCCUUCUCUCCUGGAGAGGACAUCGUCUUCACCUGCUCAGUUCCAGCCCAGAACAGAACUUCAGCCACAGUUCACCUCCACAAGUCUGGAUCAUCCAUCAGAUCUGAGAUGAUUGGUUCAGGACAGUCCAGCACCACCUUCACCCUGCCCAGUGUGGAGCCAUCAAACCAGGGGAACUACAGCUGUUGCUACCUGACUCAGAUCAAUGGCCAGACCAUCAUCAGCCCCUACAGUGACUCAGUCAGCAUCACCAUAGUGAGUCUUCCCCCGCCCAGCAUCUUCCUCACCUCCUCCCAGACCCUGCCCCUCUGGUGGACCCGGGGAUCAGAGAUCCCCAGAGGACACAGCUUUUCCAUCACCUGCUCCGUCUCCUCCCAGUAUCCCGGAGGCUCCUUCUCUCUGGUCUCCUCAGGUUCCAGCAGCAACGACCCCCAGCUCGCCCUCAACCAGUCCGCCUCCUUCUCCUUCCCCAGCGCGGAGGACGCGCACCAGGGCAACUACAGCUGUGUCUACAGGGUCGAGGUCUCCGGGCGGAUGUUCUCUUCCACCUCCACUGAGGAGCUCUCAGUCACUGUCAGAGACACAACACCCCAUCUCUCCAUCUCCCCAGCCCACUCUGCCUUCUCUCCUGGAGAGGACAUCGUCUUCACCUGCUCAGUUCCAGCCCAGUACAGAACUUCUGUUCAGCUCCUCAGGCCUGGAUCCAUCAGAUCUGACAUGAUUGGUUCAGGACUGUCCAGCUUCACUUUCACCCUGCCCAGUGUGGAGCCAUCAAACCAGGGGAACUACAGCUGUCGCUACCAGACUCAGAUCAAUAGCCAGAUCACCAGCCCCUACAGUGACUCGGUCAGCAUCACCAUAGUGAGUCUUCCCCCGCCCAGCAUCUCCCUCACCUCCUCCCAGACCCUGCCCCUCUGGUUGGCCCGGGGAUCAGAGAUCAAAGGACACAACUUCUCCAUCACCUGCUCCGUCUCCUCCCAGUAUCCCGGAGGCUCCUUCUCUCUGGUCUCCUCAGGUUCCAGCAGCACCGACCCCCAGCUCGCCCUCAACCAGUACGCAUCCUUCUCCUUCCCCAGAGCGGAGGACGCGCACCAGGGCAACUACAGCUGUGUGUACAGGGUCGACGUCUCCGGGCGGAUGUUCUCCUCCACCUCCACUGAGUUGCUCUCAGUCACUGUCAGAGGCCUGGCAGCCUCCCUCACCCCCCUCCUGGUGUCGGUAGCUGUGGGUGUGGUCCUGCUGGUUGGCCUGGUGGCUCUUUUCCUGGUCUGCAGGAGAAGGAGAGGAAGACACACUCUCCCGAAGACCAACUUUAGAAUGCGUAAGCAGAGUGACGCGAACCAAUAUGGAGGCAGAACGGCAGUAGGGGAUGAAGAGGAGGAAGAGGAGAACGACUAUGUCAGUGCUGAGGACGACUACGUGAAUGUGGAGGGCUUGACCUGUCAAGACGACGAUGAAGAUCAAUUCAACAACCAGACGGACUGCAAAGAUUUAGGUACCAUGAACCAAUAUGCGGAAGAGGCAUCUGAUGAAGAGGAAGAUCAUGACGAUAAUGACUAUGAAAGUGUUGAUGAUGUUUCUGAGGGGAAUGUUUCUGAAGCCAAGAACCAACAUGGAACCAUCAAUGAUGAAGAAGAUUGUGAUGAUGAUGACUAUGAAAAUGUUGAUGGUUCUGAGGAGAAUGUUUCUGAUGCCAAGGACCAACAUGGAUCCAUUGAUGAGGAAGAGGAUAGUGAUGAUGAUGAUGACUAUGUAAAUGUUGAUAUUUCUGAGGAGAAUUUUGAUGGCAUACAAUAUUAGUUCUUUUGAAUAGUGUACAUGACUGAACAUUGUGUUAAAUCCGCAAUAUUUGCAGAUAUGCCAGACUUCAGAUGUGUACAUUUGAGAUUGCUAUUUGAGGGAAUAGGUUUUUAAAUAUUUGUCCAUAUGAAUUUCAACAAGCAAAUGGAUGCCCAAAAAAGAGCCCUACUAAAGCAGACUUGGCAAAUUUCCACGUUUGUCAAACAGGCCCAUGUAGGGACAUUUCUAAUGGAUCCACUGUUUUACAGCUUGUGGUGUGAUGUGGAGGUUUCCAACAUACUGCCUAUGUCACACGAGCAGAGGUCCGAAAUCCAUUUGAAUUUUAAAGGCUGAUGUAAAUUACGUUCAUCAGUAGUGAAUGGUUAUGUCACAACGUAUGUCACAAAAGUUGGUCAUUUGCAUUGUCUGAUAAAGCGCAAUAUAGCACAUUGCAUCAAUUGUUUUAAAGCGUGUAAUUUGCUACAUAAUCUUUAUCCAGAUCCUCGCGCAACCGAAAGAUAAGGGCUGUUCAAACCGAACUGAAAUAUGUUUCCCGAUUACAAAAGCUGAAGCGACCCUGCCCCUCUGGUUGGCCCGGGGAUCAGAGAUCAGAGGACACGGCUUCUCCAUCACCUGCUCCGUCUCCUCCCAGUAUCCCGGAGGCUCCUUCUCUUUGCUCUCCUCAGGUUCCAGCAGCACCGACCCCCAGCUCGCCCUCAACCAGUCCGCCUCCUUCUCCUUCCCCAGCGCGGAGGACGCGCACCAGGGCAAC